CUCCUGAAUCUGACUGAAAGCCGGCAAAGCUCUAUCCGUGAUGGUAUGGCUCCAAUUCCGUCGGUUUUAUUCAGUAGGUAACAAAUAGUGCGUCGUGCAGUGUGUAUCUAUUUACUCGUUAAUUACUAAAUUGGGGUGGAGUAGUUCGUAACGAAUACGAGUUUUUCGGAAGCAACAAGUUACUCAAUUUUAAUAUUAUUGAUAGCGUGAUUUAAAAUUUGCACGUGUGAAUGAUCAGAAACUAAAAAAUGGAUCUCGAAGAUAACAAGUUAGUAUUCAAAGAUCUGCCUAUCGGUCCAUUAACUCACUAUAGGAAACAAGCUAAAUUCGAUUGGUGGAAACUGAAAUUAUUUUUUGAGGAAGCGGAAAUGUUGAAAAUGCAAUUAUUGGUAUGGAAAACUUUGGAAAAAGAUCCAUUAUUCAAGAGGUUGGAAGUAGAAGCCAAUACAGACGAAAAACAAAGACGAACAGCUUUACGGUUAAAAAAAUAUUUGUCAUAUGAUUUCAUAUGGGGUGAUUUAAAUAAAAUGGCUUAUAAACAAAGGACCAAAUUACAAUUAGCCUGCAAUCAAGCUAUAGCUAUAACUUUUCCAGAUGUUUCUAUAAAAUUAGCUUUAGGUCAAGGACUUUUUAGUAACACUAUAGUAACUUUAGGAACAGAAAGACACAGUCAGUACGCUUAUCAGGGAAAUAAGAUGUUAUCUUGUUUGGCUUUAACUGAAAUUUCCCAUGGAAGUAAUACCAAACAGAUGAGAACCACAGCUACUUACGAUGCUAAUACACAAGAGUUCGUUAUCAAUACACCAGAUUUUGAAGCUGCGAAAUGCUGGGUAGGAAACUUAGGUAAACAAUGCACGCACGCACUACUUUUUGCCCAACUAUAUACCAAAGGAGAAUGCCAUGGUUUACACGCUUUUGUCGUACCAGUACGAGAUCCAAGUACAAUGCUACCAUUUCCUGGUAUAACCAUAGGCGAUAUGGGAGAAAAAAUUGGUUUAAACGGUAUAGACAACGGGUUUGUCUUGUUCAAAAACUACAGGAUACCAAGAGAAAACUUAUUGAAUCGAACUGCCGAUGUUACGACUGAAGGUGACUACGAAAGUUCGUUUAAAGAUCCGGGUAGGAUCCUGGGGGCCGCUUUAGAAAAUCUAUCGAUGGGUAGAGUGGGUAUCAUGCAGGAAAGUUCGAAUAAUCUCAUUUGUGCAGUGACCAUCGCUAUGAGAUACGCAGCAGUCAGGAAACAAUUCGCACCGAACGGCGAAGGAAACAAUAACAUGAAUGAAUUACCAAUAAUUGAGUAUCCCUUACAUCAAUGGAGGCUAUUUCCACAUAUGUCUGCAGCGGCUGUACUUCGAGUAUUCGUAAACGGAUUUACAGAAACUUAUUUAUCUGCCGUAGAAAAAUCUACGACAUCUGAUGAACUACAAAAUUUAAGUGAAAUAGUAUCUGAAACACAUGCUUUAGUAUCCGCCGCCAAACCACUUUUAUCUUGGUCGUGUCGAGACGCCGCACAAGAAUGCAGAGAAGCUUGCGGCGGUCACGGUUUCUUAAAAGCCGCCCGAUUGGGCGAUAUACGCAAUACAAAUGAUCCUUGCGUCACAUACGAAGGGGAUAAUAACGUUUUGGUACAACAAACCAGCAACUGGUUACUAAAACAAUGGCAGGCCGUACUAUCCGGCGACGAGUUAUCUACACCGUUAGGUAGCUGCGUAUUCUUCAAACACCACGCCAUAAUUAGAACCAGACAAUGUACAAUUAGGAACAUUAGCGAUGUACAAAAUAAAGAGUUUGUAAUGAAUUCCUACGAAUGGCUUAUCCUGUAUAUGGUUAACGAGAUGCAUAAAAAACAAGAAGAAGUGAUCCGCAACGGUUUAGAUAAAUUCACGGCGCGUAACGAGUCUCAAGUUUAUAGAGCAGCCGUGUUAUCUAAAUCAUACGGUGAAUACACGGCUCUUAGAUAUUUCUGGAACAAAACGUCUUCUGCUGAUGAGACUCUUCGAUUAACUCUACACAAUUUGGGUGUUUUGUAUGGUCUUUCGUGUUUGGAUAAACAUUUGGUCUAUUUUUAUCAAGGAGGAUAUACAAGAGGACCAGAAUUUUCUCAGGUGUUCAAAGAUGCUGUAUUGGAUAUUUGUAAACGAUUGAAACCGGAUGCUUUGAGUGUUAUUGAUGGUCUUGCACCUCCGGAUUAUGUCGUACAUUCUGUACUAGGAAAUUCCGACGGAAAAUUGUAUGAAAAUCUACAGAAAUUGUUAAUGGGAAAUCCUCGAAGUAUGUUAAGACCAACGUGGUGGCACGAAAUUUCUUACGACCCUUCGAAUCGCACACAUUUGACCAGUAAACUUUAAUAAAAUCCAUUAGAAAAGCACCAAAUUUACAAAAGCAUUUAUUUCAUCCAAAAUAUAUAUUUUUGUAUAAUGUACAUGAGAAUAUAUAAAAAAAUGUAUUUUUAAGGUUAUUUUGGUCUCAACGCUGUUAUUUAAUUUGUGAUUUAUGUUGAAAAUAAAUAAUUAAAUCAGCUCAAA